AUGACAUUUGCUACAGAAAAUUAUAGACAGAAAAAUGAGUUGGAAAAAUUUUAGUCGAUUUUGGGAUAGGCCUGAAAUCAAACUGAAAAGAAAGUUGAGAGAAAAUCCACUGUUCCCUUUUAAGGAAACGGAUGAUGUGUAUUGUAUGGAAAUAAAGAAUGUCAGUUUCUAUGUCGGAAUUUUUACUUUUUUUGUGAGCUUUGUGGUUGGAUUCGGUUAUUGGUACCAGAGAAAACGAUUCUCCAAUGAAUUAUUUGACACUUUCUUUAUCUUCUCAAUGGUGUUGUCUCUCCGAUUAAUUCAAUACAACUGGCAAACAAGACGAAUUGAAAUUGAAAAAGAUGGAGAACAAUAUUAUUUUUAUAUCGGAAGGAAGCUCGUCUACACUGGAAAAAUUUAUAACAUUUAUAUCAGACUGAGGGGACAAAGGAGUAGUAACGGUUCCACUUACUACAGGAUAAUUCUCAACGGAUUUAAUAUUGAAGAACAAGAUAUAACAUCAAUGUCCACAAAUAAGAAUGAAUUAGAAAAACUUGCCCGAACAAUAUCAGGACGACUAAAUAUCAACUAUUUUGAUUCUGACGACGUUUCAAUUGGACACAUUGUUCGUCAUGUGAAUCCUAUUAGUCAUUACUUGAAGCCUGCUGACAAAAGACCAACAAGAACAACGAAACGAUUCAGCGUGACAAGAGCAAGUCUUGAUGCCUUUUACUAAAAAGUAUAAGGAUUCAUGAGAUGUUUAAGUUUAUAAUGAGUCUUGUGUGAACUUGAAGAAUUUUAUAAACCCUCAUUCUAAUUGUAUAUACAUCCA